AUGCUUAACGGGGUUGGCGCUUGCGCACAGGCGAAUAAAUCGCCCUCGAAUACUGUUAAAAAAUUGGAGCAGGAUGCAAGUGGUUUUUGUGAAAGUAGCGAUGUUGGAACCUCUCUGAGAAGGCUCCAACGGGCCUCUAAACUAUCCCCCGCUGACCGGUUACAGCGAAAACCCAAUCGUGUACAGAGCCUUCUAUCUUCCUCCAGUCCUGCCUCUAACAUCUCCGACAUUGAUCUUCUCAUUACUAAAACUGCCAAUCUUUCAAUUUACGAAGACAAACACGAGACUGUUGACCAACAGGCUGCCAGCACUUCAAUGUCGACUGGUGUGCGAGCGACUGCAUCGAGUGAUGUAAAAGAGGCGACCGCAAAUAAUGUAAGCGCGAAGAAGUCACCUGAGAUACAAAAAGGCAAACUGGUGGACAAAGAAAUAGCCGACCAAGCCACCACUCCAACAUCACCUCCCAGAAAGUCGACGGAGUCAAAGGAGACGCUGCCGUCCUCUCAGCAAAUAAGUAUUGUCAAUACGGCGAACGAGCUUCUGAAUCGAGCUCGUCUCCUCUAUGAGGAGGAGAAGAUUGCAGAAUCUUUGGUGCUCCUGGAGGAGGCCUACAGCCUUGAUCCCAACCCCAAGACUGCGCGCAAAAUCACACGCCUCAAGGAGGCUCUUGCUAUGAAGAACGAGGUCGAGGCGGAGGCUGCGCGGAAGGCCUCCGCCAACUUGGAGAAGAAGGCCCGAGCGCUCUUUCAAUGCAAGGACUACCGCGGCACUCUCGAUCUCCUUCUUCAGGCGAACGACCUUUGUCCGAGUGAUAAACUCAAGCGGAGGAUAGAACGUCUGCAGGAUCUUAUAGCCGAAGAAGAAGAGGAGAAGAAUGACACUUGUGAUGAGGAAGACGGUGAUGAUAAGGGUGCCGAUGAUAUUGCCCCUUUAAACCGUGGCGUAGCCAAUCUUUCCCUUAAAGUUACAAAAGCGCCUGGUGAAAGAAACGUGGUUGAGCUAGCUGAGGGCUUUUCUUGCCUCGUGCUCUACCCCUACCAACGUGACGGUGUCUCUUGGCUGUGGGAUCUUCACAAAACCGCACCCGGCGGUAUUCUCGCCGACGAUAUGGGCCUUGGCAAAACACUUCAGACAAUUGCCUUUCUGACAGGCUACCUCCUCUCCGACGAAGCGACUAAGAAGCCGCGCACUGCAAUGAUUCUUGCUCCUGUCUCCGUCCUUCGGACCUGGCAGUCGGAGUUUGCUAAGUGGUCUCCCUCGAUUCGUCUUGUCAUCUACUACGAGAUGGCCAAGAACGCGCGUCGUCAUGCCCUCCUUUCCUUCCAAAGUCGUGGCGGAAUCCUACUCACCACUUACAACAUGCUCGUCAGUGGCAUCCAGGUUAUCGCCGCCGACCAGCACUACCAUCAGACUGAACCAUCCACCUGGCUCUCCUCUAGCGAUCCCCAGUUCUACGCACGGGCUUUCACUUACGACUACAUCAUUCUUGACGAGGCACAUCGCAUCAAAAAUCCAUCCACGCAGGUCGCCAAGGCCGUGCGUACCCUUAACUGCCACCACCGUCUCCUUCUCACUGGCACUGCUGUACAGAACAAUCUGCGCGAACUCUGGUCUCUCUUCGAUUUUACCCAUGCGGGCUGUCUACUAGGUAGUCAGAAGACUUUCCUUUUGCAAUACGAGAAGCCCAUCCUCCGCUCCAGGGAGCGUGAUGCUUCCGCAGCUGAACGGCUUCAUGGAAACUUGAUGGCGGAGUCUUUGAACAAGAUAAUUGGGCCAUUCCUCCUGCGGCGCACAAAGAAAGACACGCUGACAGUGUUCACGAGGAGUGCAAUGCCAUGCAAGAACGAGAUCGUGGUGUGGGUGUAUCUGAGCAGCCUGCAAGAGCACAUUUACCGCAGUUUCCUCAAGCUGGAUCACGUGAAGGAAUUUCUUUUUGGUGGGAAUACACGGCGCUCUCCGUUGGUAGAACUGACGAUUCUAAAGAAACUCUGUGACCAUCCGCGUCUCCUCUCCGCCCACCAAUGUGCUAAUUUAGGGCUGGAUGUCUCAAAAGCUCUUCCUGGGAGUGAAAUUCUGGCGCCCUCGCACAAAGUCCUUUUGCAGGAAUCAGGAAAGAUGGCUUUCGUAGUGAGGCUGCUGGAGCACUUUCAGGAAGAGGCUUUGCGAACUGGUGAACCAGCACACCGAACUCUCAUAUUCUCACAGUCCCUACGACUACUGAACAUGAUGGAGGCAGCUAUCUUGGGUCUCAAUGGGCAGCCCGGUCGCUCCUCUGAACUGCCACUGCACCGGAUUCUUCGCUUGGACGGGCAAUUGAAACCGGAUGAGAGGGUGGCCGUACUCAAGGAAUUCGCUGAUGAUCUGAGUUAUACGGCAAUGCUGCUGACUACACAGGUAGGCGGUGUGGGUUUGACCAUCACGUCAGCGGAUCGCGUGGUGAUUCUUGAUCCUUCUUGGAAUCCCUCAGUGGAUGCCCAGGCCGUAGAUCGCGUCUAUCGAAUCGGGCAGCACUCCAAUGUGGUCGUCUAUCGACUCAUCACCUGUGCUACGGUUGAAGAGAAGAUUUACCGUCGCCAAGUCUUCAAAGAUUCUGUCAUACGUCAAACCAUAGGCCGAGCAGCCGCCGAUCGUCCGGUGGAUGCCGAUGUCACUGAUCCCUAUCGCUACUUUACUCGGCAGGAGUUGGUCGAACUGUUUAGUCUUGAUGAAAACGCGCACUUCUCCGCUACGCAACGGCAACUAGCUGAACUGCACAGCACUAUAGAGCGAAGAACCUACCCCGAGUUGGAGUCUCAUCUAGCUUUCUUGAAGUCCAUGAUGGAUUUGGUUUUCGAUAUCUCCGAUCAUGACAUUCUUUUUAGUCGGCAGGAGGAUAAAAAUGAUGCAGAAGAAACUGUAGCCGAGAGGCUUUUUGCCCAGAAUCGACUAAAGGUGGGCGAGGCUGCUCUCAAGAUGGAGGCUGCGAGAGACUUUGAGGCAUCAAAAAAGAUCCAGCAACAGGUAUAUGCACCCUCAAAACCUGCGUAUAAUCAACCAGCAGGUGAGAUUUUUAUACCAUCAAAGAAGGAUACUCAAAGAGCCAUGUUCAACGCGCCGGGUUGCGGCAAGGCUGACUUCUCUAUUACGAACAAUGUUUUCAAGGAUGGAUGUGUAAUUCCACCGAAAGUUAACCCAAAAAUUGGUUUCAAACAGACUUCCGCCAAUCCGGAGGAGGUUGUGCAACCUCCGCUAAUUCCAGCACGGUUAAAAUCACCAGAAUCUUCAAGUAGUCCUGUUGUUCUCACCACUUCUGCAUCGACCGACGUUAUCAAAUUCGACCCGACCGAAGUAGUUGGUGAUGCUGCAAUCGACAAAUCUAUGCAAUUACUGUCGCUCAGAAAGAGCCUUGCUGUGUCGGGAAUCUUCUUAGGUGACGAGGCGGUGUCUCCGAUUGAGGAAGAUGAAUGGAAGAAAGGUGAUGUCGUGGUUGGGGAUUCCUGCUGUGAAAACACAGAUGGAGGGUCAAGGGAGCUCCAAGAGACCAGCGUGGCGGAAACGUCGUCAGGCUUGGUGGAUAUUAUUGAAGCAAGCUUUUUAGAGAACGAAUGA